UUCAACCAUUUUCAACAUGGACGCCUUGCAAGGUGGACGUGUGAACUCAACUGCGGCAAAGAACGUUGUGCGUUUCAUUCUAAAGGCCUUACUCUGCAUUUACCAGAAUCCGCAAGUCUUUGGUUAUCAUUCUUUGUGUAUUCUGGUGUACGCUGCAAUCCAUGGGUUUAUUCUUUAUCUCGUUCAGAGAGGAAGUAUCACAGAGAGGAAUGCUGCGGAAAAUACUGCAUCUACCUCGUCAGAUUCUCUCGUUUGUUGCACUAAAAACUCUUCUACGCCGAACGUAAGCGAAAGUAAAAGUGAAGCACUAAAAUCUUCUAAAGGAAAGGAUGAUUCGACGUGGGAAAAUGACCUAGGGAAGCCGGCCGAUCACAGCUCGCCUGUUUUGAAUCCGGAUUCCAGCGACAUCCGAAACAGAUUGUCCAUGCUUCGAAUGAAGGAUAUCAUAUCAAUCCUAGGAGACUGUAGAGCUGAAAGUGUGGAUAUUGGUGCCUCAGGGAAGAGUGACUUGGAUGGCUUUUUCAAGGGAUUGGACUUCCCUCCACACCGGGAUACUCGAGAACGAGGGAAUUCUCUGAAGAAAGGAAUUCGAGUGGAUUUGGCCGACACAGACAUCAACUUGCAUGUGCCAUUUACUAGAAAAGCACCUAAAGUCCCUGAAGAGCAUGACUGGGUUGGUAUAGAGGAAGAGAGUCUAACUGUUGCAGCGAAAACAUCUCUAUGUGAUCAUGGUGCACUGACAAGAGAACCCUCAGAUACGGGUUCCGCUCAGAAAGGAACCAGUAAUCCAAAUAAGAAAGGUCAGACCUCUCCAGAUGGAGGAGCACCCUCCCCAGGGGUUGUAAAGGUUCAGAGUGGAAGCAUCAGCUACUCUAGCAGCAGUAGCAGUAGUGGAGGAGAUGAUGGAGAUGGCGAUGAUAACAGGAAGCAGACUGGUCGCAUUGGUGGCUGUCAAGGUUGUGGUGAGAGUGAUGUGGACACUGAGGACGAAAGUGAACAUGUGCCCAAAGAGCAAGAACCCCAAGAUGAUGUGGAUAAUAAUGAUGAUGAUGAUUGUUGUGGCAGUGAAGAUAAUUGCAGUGAAUCUCAAAAAAAUGAUGAAAGUCAGAGAAAUAGUGCACAGUCUGAUCCACAAUCAUCAAGUAGCUACAGCACAGUGCCUGGUGGAAGUGGUGAAUCAGCCUCCCAGAGAAACAGGAAUAGUUCAUGUUAUGAGAGUGCCAAGAAAGCUGCCCAACCAGGUCUGCAGAUUGAUGUUACUACAGCCAAGAUGGAAGCUCAAGCAAAUAUUAUACCCAGUGAAUCACAGGUAGAAACUGAGGGAAUCUCUGAAAGUGAAUCAGAUAAAGAUCUGCAGAAGGCAUUUAUGUGUCGCCAAAACUUGAAUUCUGAUAGAGAGUGGCAGAAAUGUACUGAUGCCUUCUGUCAGUUAAUCCAAUGGUUGCUUAAACACUCUGAAAACUGCAGAAUGCGGGUGUUGGGUGGAUGUAAAGACUGCAUCUGUUUCAAAGAUAUCCUGUUGAAUCAUGUUUUAAAGUGCACUCUUCCUUUAGGACAAUGUGUAAUUGCAAGGUGUGAUUACAUUAGGAAAUACAUGCAUACCAAUAAAACCCCCCUUCCUGGAAACAGGAAGUGGACAUGGGCACUUGAUCAAUUGUUCUUCAGAUCCAUACCCCCUACAACACCCACAGCUGAAGCCAAAGAAGAGUUCUUAAGUGCUUAUGAGGACGGAUUAGCACAGGCACACACCCAAGCAGACAAAGUGCAUGAUACACAUAAAGACAUCGUAGUUGCUGAUGAAAGCUCAGCCUCUUAUGGUGAACUCAUGGGAGGUGCAGAUGGGUGGAGUCAGUACCAUGUGGACCGGCCACCUGAUGCCCGAGUUACCAGAGGCCCAGUUAUCCAGGAGUCUGUCGAGCUGGAGUGCAAAGAGUAUUCACCAAGUUCACCAUUAAGUGCAGCUGAUGUGUCAGUGAAAAGUACUUGUAAAAGCCAGAUCGUGGGGAAUGUUGUGUUGGAGGAAGAAUGGGAGGUCAUUUGGCCUUUAAACCAGGAGAGGCUGGGUGUUCAUGAAAAUGGCUCUUAUAUUGAGAAUAUCCAUUGGCAAGUCAUUCAUGCAAUUGGAGGGGGCUCUUGUGGCCGUUGUUACCUUUGCCGUGAUGUGUUCAAACAAUCGCUAAUUGCGAUAAAAAAGAUUCCCAUCAACAAGUUUGAAAGCAAUGAAAUUCAAAUUUGGGGAGGGCUGUCUGGACGUCACCCAAACAUUUUGGAAUUGUAUGGUGCCAUUAAAUGUAGAAGGAGUGGCACAGUGAUUAUAUUCAUGGAGUAUAUGAGUGGUGGCUCUGUUGAAGAGUAUGCUGGAGAAAUGAACUGUAAUGAGAUCUGGGCACUCCAUAUCCUUGGAAAAGUGCUCUCUGGAGUAGAAUUCAUCCACUCACAGAGAAUACUACAUCGUGACAUAAAGGGUCAGUGUAUGCGUAUUCUUGGAGCUACAUCAUGUUUGUUAUCUGUAAUGUGGUUACCCCCNAGAGGCACAGAGCCCUUCAUGUCCCCAGAGGUCUGUCGAAGUGAAUUCCACACUUUUAGUGCAGAUAUUUGGAGUUGUAUGUGCCUUUUAUACCAAAUGCUGACAGGACGUCCACCUUGGAUGGAUUCUUGUCAUGGUUCACUAAUCUAUAAGAUUGGCACAGCUACUGAACCACCCUGUUCUCCUCCCUGCAGUCCAGAGGUUGAGGACCUUUUCAGCCAAGGCUUCAUUCUAAUGCCAUCUCGUCGUAAGACUGCAAGGGAGCUGUUGAGACACCCAGCAAUAAUGGCAGCUCCAGAUGCAUCAGGUCUGCACCUUCCUUCUUGGGGGGACACAGAGGAAUAUUCGGAUGGUGCUUGCAGCGUUACUUCCUCCUCAACUGGUGCAUUGGAGUCCACUGCAUCAGAAACUUCUGCUGACCAGCCGUUGUCUGAUGGUCUUGCCUCAGAUCUGGAGGAUGACGAUGAUGGAAACUACAGUGACUGUCAUGAUGAUGAUAGUGAUGAUGAUUCAGACAGUCAUGGUGACACCACUGAUUUGGAAGUUGACUUUCAUUUGGAUGCCUUAAUCUCACUCCCCCAGGGAGCUUGGCAAGGUGCAGGCCUGUCUGCUGAGGAACAGUUUCAAUCUCUUCAAAGUGAUUUGGUGCUCAGUCUUUCUGCUGAGGAUUUAGAAAGACAUGUGCUGUCCAAUGUCAUUAAUGGUGUGAGUGAGAAUGAUGUGAAGCAUCUGAGAGAUGACAAUUUUGAUGUCAGUCGAUUCGGUUUAGAUAACCUUGAUAUACAAAGUAUCGACGAUAUACCCUUGUCAAGUGCACUACCUGUCACAGAUUGGUCUUAUUCCAUCACAGAUCUCACAAAGAUCAACAUCAAAGAUAGCAUUGGAAACUUGCUUUUUACAAUCCGUGAGAGGUCCACCACUGCUUAUGGACGUCUUGCCGAAGACCUUCACGGCAAUAUUGCGUCCUUGCUGAAUUUGGACUCCUUUUCGUUAACUCGAGAAGAUGGAACCCCAUUGAACGUCCGCGCGGAGAUUGGCCCUGAAGAGCAAACACUAAGGACUGUGCGUGCGCAUGACAAUGACCCCUGGCAGGAAUGCCGCUGGAGAGUGGAUGAUCGCGGUCGUGUGGAGGAAUUUUUUGAUCUGACUAAUAACUAACAUGGGGAUUUUUUGGCAUGGGCAUAACAUGGGCAUUUUUUUGCUUGACUUGUUCUCCUCUCGUUGUAGUGGCUGAAAUAACUAAUGUUCUGUAGGUUAUUAAAAGUGUCUCUGAGAUGAGGUUUUUUGGUGAAAAAAGUUACCAAAAGCCAAGUAGAUUUCUUUGUUUCCAUGUUAAUUGUCAGUAAUAGUCAAGUACAACAUUUAGAACUAAACAGUAUCUCUAUAGUUUAUUUGGGAGAUAAGAAAGUCAUUAGCGAUCAAUUUAAAUUAAACUCUAGAUAUGUUUAACAUAGAAGAGUAGAAAUAGUGGUAUAACAUGAACUUGUCUAACAGGUUCUAAAACGUAGUUUUAUAUUUUAGUUAAGUAAAUUGAGUAUAACAGAACCAAAAGUAGUUUAGUACAAUGCAUACGGCUCAACAGUUGUGAUGGUUUGGAUUUCUGAUGAUUAUUCUCACUACUUUUUGAUAAAGUCUGUAGCCAUCAAUAAACACACUGUGAUAGCUA